GAGCGAUAGAGAAACAGAAGCUGGUUUACAUCCUGAACAGAGACGCAGCUGCCAGACUGACCAUCUCCUCUCCACUGGAAGCACAUAAAGCAAACACGCUCGUCUACCACGUAGUAGGAGUCGAUGUCGGCUUUGAAAAUCCCAUGUUUGCCUGCCUGGAAAUGGACUACGAGGAAGCUGACAAUGACCCGACAGGAGAAGCUGCCGCCAACACACAACAGACGCUCACCUUUUACGAGCUGGACCUCGGCUUGAAUCACGUGGUCCGCAAGUACAGCGAGGCUUUGGAAGAGCACGGAAAUUUCCUCAUCACUGUCCCUGGUGGUUCAGAUGGGCCCAGUGGAGUUCUGAUCUGCUCUGAAAACUAUAUCACAUACAAGAACUUUGGAGACCAGCCUGACAUUCGCUGCCCCAUCCCGCGACGCAGGAAUGACCUGGAUGACCCAGAGCGCGGCAUGAUAUUUGUCUGCUCAGCCACCCACAAGACCAAGUCCAUGUUCUUCUUCCUGGCCCAGACUGAGCAGGGAGACAUCUUCAAGGUUACCCUGGAGACGGAUGAAGAAAUGGUCACAGAAAUCAGGCUGAAAUACUUUGACACGAUCCCGGUGGCGACGGCUAUGUGUGUCCUGAAGACUGGCUUCUUGUUUGUGUCUUCAGAGUUUGGAAACCAUUACCUUUACCAGAUUGCCCACUUGGGUGAUGACGACGAGGAGCCGGAGUUCUCCUCUGCGAUGCCGCUGGAAGAGGGAGACACCUUCUUCUUCCAGCCCCGCCCCCUCAAGAACCUCGUGCUGGUGGACGAACAGGAGAACUUAUCGCCCAUCAUGUCCUGUCAGAUUUCUGAUUUGGCCAAUGAAGAUACGCCCCAGCUGUACGUGGCCUGUGGACGAGGACCCCGGUCUACUCUGAGGGUCCUUAGACACGGACUGGAGGUAUCAGAGAUGGCUGUGUCUGAGCUGCCCGGUAACCCCAACGCCGUGUGGACAGUACGCAGACAUGUGGAAGAUGAGUUUGAUGCCUACAUCAUUGUGUCUUUCGUGAACGCUACUCUGGUUCUGUCCAUCGGGGAGACUGUAGAGGAAGUGACAGAUUCUGGAUUUCUGGGAACAACGCCUACUCUCUCCUGCUCACUGCUCGGUGAAGACGCCCUGGUGCAGGUGUACCCAGAUGGUAUCCGCCACAUCCGAGCGGACAAGCGUGUGAAUGAGUGGAAGACUCCCGGCAAAAAAACCAUCGUCCGCUGCGCCGUGAACCAGCGUCAGGUUGUCAUCGCUCUCACCGGAGGGGAGCUGGUCUACUUUGAGAUGGACCCGUCCGGCCAGCUGAAUGAGUACACAGAGCGGAAGGAGAUGUCUGCAGAUGUGGUUUGCAUGAGCCUGGCGAACGUUCCACCCGGUGAGCAACGCUCGCGAUUCCUCGCCGUGGGACUGGUUGACAACACUGUCCGAAUCAUCUCCCUGGACCCUUCGGAUUGCCUACAGCCGUUGAGUAUGCAGGCCCUUCCAGCACAGCCAGAGAGUCUGUGUAUUGUCGAGAUGGGAGGGAUCGAGAAACAGGAUGAGCUUGGAGAGAAGGGAACCAUCGGCUUCCUCUACCUCAACAUUGGGCUUCAGAACGGUGUGCUGCUGAGGACUGUGCUGGACCCAGUGACGGGUGACCUGUCCGAUACCAGAACACGAUACCUGGGGUCUCGACCCGUCAAACUCUUCAGAGUCAGGAUGCAGGGACAGGAAGCUGUGUUGGCAAUGUCCAGUCGCUCCUGGCUCAGCUACUCGUACCAGUCUCGCUUCCAUCUGACCCCUCUGUCAUAUGAGACUCUGGAGUACGCCUCUGGCUUUGCGUCCGAACAAUGCCCUGAAGGCAUAGUGGCCAUUUCCACCAACACACUGAGAAUCUUGGCUUUGGAGAAAUUAGGAGCCGUCUUUAACCAGGUGGCCUUUCCUCUGCAGUACACUCCCAGGAAAUUUGUAAUCCACCCGGAGACCAACAACCUCAUUUUGAUCGAGACGGACCACAAUGCCUACACUGAGGCAACCAAAGCUCAGAGAAAGCAACAGAUGGCCGAGGAGAUGGUGGAGGCUGCUGGUGAGGAUGAAAGAGAACUGGCUGCUGAGAUGGCUGCCGCCUUCCUCAACGAAAAUCUCCCAGAAGCUAUAUUCGGUGCACCUAAAGCUGGAGCCGGACAGUGGGCCUCACUGGUGCGCCUCGUCAACCCCAUACAGGGUUCAACGCUGGACCAGGUGCAGCUGGAACAGAACGAAGCUGCAUUUAGUGUUGCAGUGUGUCGCUUCCCCAACACAGGAGAUGAUUGGUAUGUUCUGGUGGGCGUUGCCAGAGACAUGAUUCUCAACCCCAGAUCAGUGAGCGGCGGCUUUAUCUAUACCUAUCGGCUCAUCGCUGGAGGGGAGAAGCUGGAGUUUGUGCACAAGACCCCGGUAGAGGACGUCCCUUUGGCCAUUGCUCCAUUCCAGGGACGCAUCCUGGUGGGAGUUGGGAAACUGCUGAGAAUCUACGACCUGGGCAAAAAGAAGCUGCUUCGCAAGUGUGAAAACAAGCACGUUCCCAACCUGGUAUCCAGCAUCCAUACCAUCGGCCAGCGUGUGAUAGUUACUGACGUUCAGGAGAGCCUGUUCUGGGUUCGUUACAGACGCAACGAGAACCAGCUCAUCAUCUUCGCUGAUGACACGUAUCCCCGCUGGGUGACCACGGCCUGUCUGCUCGACUACGACACCAUGGCCUCCGCUGACAAGUUUGGCAACAUCAGCAUUGUGCGUCUGCCCCCCAACACUAGCGAUGAUGUGGAUGAAGACCCCACAGGGAACAAAGCUUUAUGGGACAGAGGCCUCCUUAAUGGAGCAUCACAGAAGGCUGAGGUGGUAGUGAAUUACCACGUAGGAGAGACGGUGUUAUCUCUCCAGAAAACCACACUGAUCCCUGGAGGUUCAGAGUCCCUGGUCUACACCACUCUGUCCGGAGGCAUCGGCAUACUGGUCCCGUUCACCUCGCACGAGGACCAUGACUUCUUCCAGCAUUUAGAGAUGCAUAUGCGCUCAGAGUUCCCCCCACUGUGCGGCAGAGACCAUCUCAGCUUCAGAUCCUACUACUUCCCGGUCAAGAAUGUGAUUGACGGAGAUCUGUGUGAGCAGUUUAACAGCAUGGACCCUCACAAGCAGAAGAGUGUGGCAGAAGAGCUGGACAGAACGCCACCCGAGGUCUCUAAGAAACUGGAGGACAUUCGCACUCGAUACGCGUUCUAAAUUCGACACCUUCAUACAGUACAGGCGGACAGAGAGGCACUCAUUAGGACCACCACACACACACACACACACACACACACACUGGUCCACAGUACGACCCUGUAAGGACGCAGAUUGACAGUAUGGAUUGUUAUAAGGCAGACAGACUGUGGGCGAACCCCUUAUUACAUGGAAACAUACCACAAGACGUCACAUGCCUGCAUUUCCAGUACGUUGCUCAAUUAUAGCACCUCGUCCGAAACAAAUACCUGCAUUCAAUAACGAGAACAUCACCCACAUGACUGUCGAGUGCCUUGCCGUCAUCACACCACGUACAUACUUACUGCCUCAAAUACUGAGAACUUUGUGCAAGUUUUUCACACCUCGUAUGUGCCGUUGAAUCAGCAGAAACCACGCACACACAUGCACACAUACACAGGCAGCCAGAUAAAGACAGCAUUCAGUGGAAACAUGACAGGAAGUCUCGGCGAGUAGCCCUCUUACCUUGUGACAUUGUGUUCCCACAACAAUGUGUUCUGCCUGGAACAGCAUUGUCACCCAAACAUAGCUGUGAUGAGUAUCAUUCUCACACACACACACACACAUACAUACACACACACAGAGAGAGAGCUGUGUAAACAGAAUUCACACGCACCCCGAUGGCGUGAAGAGCAACCGCGCUGUCAUCUGCACCGUCAUACUGAGUCCAAAUCAUCUGUCAUCGUCUGCGAGCGAAUACAUUUUUAUUUAAAAGCCUUUCUGCUCACGCCAAGCAGAAAAGUCACAUGGACACAACUUGUUGAGAUCGAUGUCACGCUUUCUGGACAGAAGACUCCUGAAAGCUGAGAUUUUUUUUUUUGUCUGUUUAGCAAGUUUGUGUGUCCUCACAAAAUUAAACAUGUUUUUGUAUGCUAUGAUUUUUUAAAUGUGUUUUCAUUAGAAUGAUCUGUUCUGAAUAUACCACGGUCCAAGAUGGUAUUAUUAAAUCUUUCUUAGCCCCCUCGCCUACCUGUGUGUUUGGUAACCUGUCGGCCCCCAGGCUCAUUAAAGCAUAUUGCUUACUUGCAACUGGGAACCAAACAGAAGCCGAACCUCUAACCCACUGUAAGCCUCAGGCCACGGUUCGAGAAGUGUUGCCAUACUGCGGCAUUAGACGACGGCUGAACUCAGACUAAAUAAGUGGGUGGAAGAACACUGAAGGUUUGCACUGGGUGUUGUUCUUCUCAGUCCUGUAAAUUCCCAACCUCAGCCACAGACAUAGCAUUCCUCAGUAGUCAUUGAAUUUAGGGGUUUGUGGGAAUGGGGGCAGUGGUCUGUUUUUGUAAAUAAAGUUGUUGUUUUUUGUGCUUUAUAAUA